AUGGAUUUCGAGGGCGCGCUCGUGGCGCCCAUGGACUGGCAGGUGAUGCAUGACCGGCUGAUGAACCCCCAGGGCAGCCACAAUGAGGUGCUAUGCGCUGGCGGCGUCAACGUGCUGCGCUGCAACCCUUUGCAGUCAAUGACGCCUUCUGUCCGGAUCAAUGUGCAGAAGGUGGAAGCCAUGAUGAUGAACCUGUGGGGGCAUGGGAAAAUCGUUCCCUUGCUUGAGCCGGUGGACUUCGUAGCCAAGCAGCUGGUGAAUGGCAAGAUGCCGGAGCGGAUCCGCGACGACGCUGACGAGCCUGAGUUGGAGCUCUGGCGAAAGAUUCUGCUGUCCACGCAGGCCAGAUGUGUACGAGCUUCGUCGUGGGAUGAACGAUACUUCUGGAGUGUCAACAGCCGACGUCGAACAGCAGACAUAGCCAAGACAGUGACGCACUUGGCGUCGCAGAUCUGCCAGGACAUUUGGUUGUUCAAGCGCCGCAAGGAGAGCUUGCUGAACAAAACUCUGACUAACGCCGAGGUGGCCGGCCUCUACCUGCAGUUCAUGCCGGACACGGAGACGGACGAGGAGCCCAGAAGCGACGAAGGCAACAUCCAGCGAGCCUGCCAAGUGUACGAGAGGGUGCUGAGCAACAAGGUGAUCGCCAGUGUCAUCGCGUGGUCUGACACAACCCAUGGCAGCGAGGGCCCUUUCAACAGCAUUGGCAAGCUAGUGGAAAUUUCAGCCAAACUGAAGAAGAUUCCCACGCUUGAGUACUUUUUCACAUCAAUGAAGCUCGCGCUCCAACAAGACCAGCUUGAGGUCGGAGAGCUGUCCACCAAAAAGUUGCGCGGCGGAGGAGGGCAUGGUGGCAAGAUUGGCCUCUUAGAUGUUGUGAUCACGAAGAAGGCGAUGAGGGAUUUCUUGCUCAGCCGCUGGCUGGACGUGCAGAACAACAUCUCCCCGGAACACAAGGCCUUGUUGAAGAAGACCUUUGACACAGCAGAGAACUACGAGGCAAACUACAUUGCCACCAGCAAGUUGAUCGAAUUGCUGGAGUCUGUGGGUUACAAGUUUGACUCGUCGGAGAUUCCUGCGGUCAAGACGGGCAUCAAGGCUGGAAAGACAGGGCAGGAAAUUUUGGAGGAGUAUCAGCCUUACAAGCAGCUAUUGGCUGAUAUUGUCGCAGCAGCUGUGCCAGGGGUUGCGCUGCAAGACGGCGAUGAGGAUUCAACUGCUCAGUCCUCACAGGGAGCAGCAGCUGUCGCUUCAUCGACAAAGACUGAGCAACUGCAUCAGUGCACCACAAUGCAUGAAGAAGGCAUUGCUCUGGGCUCGGUGUCAGAUGGCUGGCUUGCCAUGGCUGACCGCAUCAUUGCCAAGAACGUGGUGUUGGUUGUUGAGAAAGGGCUUACGCAGACCCAGCUUCAGAAUGCCAUGAGCAAAUACGCAAUCUCAAAGAUCCGCGGCCAGAACGGAAACAACGUGGUUAUCUACUUCGAUUCCAACAACUUUGGAGAAGCAAUCACAGCGCCGCACAUCAGACGGCCGCCUCUGCAGAGCACAGUGGUAGCGAAGAUGUGGAAGGCCCUCAAAGCAAUCCGCGAGGACCCUGGCAGCCCAGGGCUAUUGCCGCCUGGUGACAUCUUGGUGCUGCUUGACGGCUGCCGGAAGACGGACGUGACAGUCGUGAACUUGUUCGGCAUGGGCAAGGACCGUCGCACAGCCGACCGUGGGCGCAAAGAGCGCGACGGAAAGACUCUCUCUCGGCAGAUCACUGUGGCGUUCGACGAGAAGUCCGUGGUUGGCCGCAAGUUCCGAAAGAAGCACAAGAAUGAUUUCUUGAGUUGCUCUCAGAGGGCGCUGCUUUUCUGGAAUGGCAGCACUACCAGCGCCUCGGCUGUUGUGGCGACAUUGCGUUUUGCUGCUUCGGCGCAGCGCAUCCCAGCCAAGACGCACAAGUUCUUCCCCGAAGCCACGAACAUGUCGGACGUGCUGGGGCCAUUUUCCCUGGAAGCGUAUCAGAACCUCCCCAAGCUUCGCAUGAAGGACAAGAAGGAGUUCUGGGGAUUGAGGCGCCGAGCAGUGGGCGGACGCACUGAAGGUGCCAAUGAGGAUAGCGAUGAUGAUGACAACGAGCCGGAUGAAGAGGUGCCUAUGCUGGAGCUGCCCAAGGUCGGUCGGGCAUGCCUGACGACAUUGUGCAGUGUGUCAAUUUCCAGCAGCUACCCAGCGCUGUGGGCGAGAGCUUCCUGCACUCCCUGA